UUUUAAAUUUAGUUGCUUUAUACCGAAAAACCCGGAAGUUUCUCCGCAAAUGACGUCAUUCCGGUUCCUCCCAGCUGAAAUUAGUGAAAUACUGUUUUCAUAAAACAGAUUAGUACCAUGGUGCUCAUACACGAAUACCGAGUGGUUCUUCCUAUGACUGUGGAAGAGUACCAAGUGGCACAGUUAUAUUCAGUAGCAGAAGCCAGUAAAGAAAAUACCGGCGGUGGUGAAGGUAUAGAAGUGCUCGUCAAUGAACCGUUUGAUUUGAACGAACUAAAAACAGAUACAGAUACGGCUCAGAAUGAUAACAAAAUCUGUGCACCAGAAAAACCAUUAUUUGCCAAUGGGAAAACAUUCACUAAAGGACAAUACACACAUAAAAUUUAUCAUCUUCAAAGUAAAGUUCCAGGAUUUAUCAGAAAAAUAGCACCAAAAGGCUCAUUAGAAAUUCAUGAAAAGGCAUGGAAUGCUUACCCAUACUGCAGAACAUAUGUUUAUAAUCCAGGUUAUAUGAAAGAAGGUUUUUACAUUAUGAUAGAAACAAUGCAUUAUGGGGACCGAGGUACAACAGGAAAUAUACACGGGCUAGAGGGUCAAGAUUUAACAUCGAGGAAUGUAACAACCAUAGAUAUAGCUAAUGACCCCAUUAGUAGCAAGGAUUACAAGAAAGAAUUUGACCCAAAAUUGUUUAAGUCAGAAAAGACUGGGAGAGGUCUGCUGGUAGAGAAAGAUUGGAUGAAAUCUGUUGAGCCUGUGAUGUGUGCGUACAAACUAGUUACGAUAAAAUUUAAAUGGUUUGGACUUCAAGGAAGAGUAGAGAGUUUUAUAAAUAGACAAGAACACAGAUUAUUCACAACAUUUCAUAGACAAGUGUUUUGUUGGACAGAUAAAUGGUAUGGAAUGACAAUGGCAGAUAUACGAGCUAUAGAGGAGGCCACAAAGAAAGAAUUAGAUGACCAAAGACAGCAUGGUGAACUUCGGGGAAUGAAAGCUGAAGAUUGAUGUAUGGAUAAAUACCUAGGGCAGCUUACAGAAUUACGUGUGUACAAGUGGAGAAGUUGUUGUGUUUUAGUUAGACCUUUGGUACUGUAUGUACGGAGGUUGUUCAUGAUCAUUACCUCCCCACCUUGUCUCACAGCCUUCAACUUGAUCUUCUCUCUAGUGACUAUAACAUUUCCAAACUUACAGAAAGAAAAAAUCUUGAUAAUUUCAUAAUUUCUAUGUUUAUUUUACAACAAAUUAGAUUAUAAUGCUUAGUCUUGGUUUUAAAUUUUUUGUAUGCAAUUCAUUAACGUAAAAGAUAUAUUUAUAAAAAAAAGUGUGGACUUGAUUAGGUUGUUUCUGUUUGAGAAUUUUACAUUUAGUUUAGGGUAUCCAGUUUUAGGAAGCAGAAGUA